UAUAUAUAUAUAUAUAUAUAUAAUCUCUUUAGUGACAAAUCACAUUUUCGAGGAAAUAUUACUUCAUUGAUAUUUGUUUUGGGUAGAAAGAACAGCAAUAACACCAGCAGAUCUUAGUGUACUGUGUACUUGUAUCCUCAGUAAACUUAUUGCUUUUCCUCAUGUGUUUUUGUCUUUGUUUGCCACUUUUAUCUUUGUGGACAAGAUAUAUCGCAGAAUGUAAAACUAAUUUAUUAGGGGUCUUUUGUGAGACGCUGUAUCCGAGACAACAUGGCUUUGGGAGAGUUAGUGGACUCUAGUGCCAGAGCAAUUAACGCUGUGUUACACAGUUGCUAUCAACCAGUUUCUUGAGUAUUUAUUCUGUUAACAUUUCCCGCUUUAUCGACUGUGUCCAGGUCUCUGUAUUUUGUCCAGCUGGAGAUGAAAGACCUUCUGGAAUGUGUGGUCUGACUGGUAGGAGGGACUCAGUUCAGUCACCUGGCAACACAAACUCAAGUGGCUGUGAAACAAGAGUUUUCAAGCAUUCCUGGCUUCUCUGCCUUCUGAAAAGUUGUUAUUUGUGUCAAGCACACUUGAGGGAGACUUGAAACUAUUUUUUUGUUGUGAGCACAGUCAACUCAGAGGUUUGGCCAAAGACGAUCACAAAACGACUAACAGGAAUGAGUCGCCUUUAUCCCCGUUUGUGCUGAGCUCAUCACACCACCACACCUAUCGCGUCCUAUGCUCACGAGCUCUCAGCACUGUGGUCAGAUUUGAUAUUUCCUCUCAAGUCACAAGGUCACUUCGGAUGGGUCCUCACAUGACUGGAGAAGUAAUGUCAUUGGAGCACGGACGUUGACAAAGUCAAUUGUGCGAAGCUGUACAUCUGCCGAUUAGUUUGUGACAUUCUGUUCACUAUGUAAAUAUCUAAAUAUAUCUUUUACAAAUUACCUCUCAAUCUUGUCUUUUGCACUUGUGUAGUACAACAUUGUCCCCUCGACUUGAUAUGCUGCGAACUGAAAGUUGUUGCUCUCCUGCGAAAGAUUGUAACCAUUUGAUGCCAUUGAGCCUGCAGCAGGAGAGAAGGCGACCCGGUUCACCAGCUGUUUGCUGUUUCCCCUUUUCCCUUCUCCAGAUUGUACAUGCGAUUGUAAUUGGGACAUACCUAUAAGUGCCACAGAGCUGUGUGGGAAAGUGGUUGUUUACAAACUCGAGCUAAAUUGAAUGUUUGUCCUCUUGACAUCACUUGCUUGAAGUGUUGCUGCUAUUCUUCUUCUGUGGGAUAGUAUUUCCCCUUUGCUUUACUCCAUCUAAGUCAAAGCUACAGCAGGUUUGAGAGCUGAAAUGUAUUUCUCGUUUGUCAAAUUUGUGUCCCUCUUUUGAUAUUCAAUUUGUUUCCCCUCCCUUUACCUGUUGAUUGUAAUCUUGCUGUCUUGUUAGCUGGUAUUUAUGUUGUUGUUUUUGUGUAAUUUGAUGAUUGCAGAUUUUUCAAAUAAAUUUGAUUGGUAAAGCUGUAUUUUGUGAUUACUUUUAUUCACUCACUACACUUUUGUUUAGUCCUAAGCAAAUGCAUAUCUCAAAACCUGAAAUGAAAGUGAAAACAGGAACUGUGCUAUGAGCUACUCGGUAGCAGAUGUAUCUCUUCAGAUCAGUUUGGGGUGAAAGCUAGAGGGGAAGAAGCAACUUUGUUGUGAGCUCGUUCUAGUGGAUCUGCAUCUGCUUUGUGUGCGGACCACAUGAAAUGAAAAAAUGCCCUCUAUGUAUAGCAGGCUUCAUGACGGUGAUGUUUCAAGCAAAAGAAGGACGACCAGCUGUGUGACAUUAGCUCUGGUUUUGGGCUGUCUGACAGUCCUCGGGAUCCUGCUUGCCAUCGCGGUGCUCAAAAGACCACCAACCCCCAAAGAUCAUGAGACUCUCCCUCAGGAAACUGGUGGGAGCAAUUCCUCUACGGACCAGUGCAGCAUGGCGCUGGUGGAGAGCAUCCCUCAACAAGUGAAAUACAGAAUCAACGAAACGCUGGGGAUCCCUCUGGAAGAUGUCUGGAAAGAUCUUAUCGCCAUGGCAAAGGACCACGUUGAAGUGGCCUCUUUCUACUGGACUUUAACUGGGGAAGACAUUAACGUUAAUUCUUCCUCUGACAUACCUGGAAGGGACAUCCUGAAAGCACUUGAAGAACUGCCCUCCAGGAAUGUGUCUGUCCGAGUGGUGACCAGUGUUCCAACCGUUCCAACAAACUCCACAGAUUUAGAGAUCUUGAAACAGAAAGGAGUUCAGGUGAGGAAGGUGAAUUUUGGACGCUUGACAAGGGGCGUCCUCCACAGCAAGUUCUGGAUAGUUGACAGAAAACAUGUGUUUAUUGGAAGCGCCAACAUGGACUGGAGGGCUUUCACUCAGGUGAAGGAACUGGGAGUAGUUGUCUACAACUGCUCCAGUCUAGCAAAGGACCUCCAUAAGAUUUUCCAGUCCUACUGGGUAAUGGGACAAUCCCACAGCUCCCUGCCACAGCCCUGGCCUUCAAAGUAUGACACGGACAUCAACAAACAUCACCCCCUGCUGGUGAAAACUGAUGAGGUCUCCAGCAGGCUGUACCUCACAGGUUCUCCACCAUCAUUCUGUCCUCCAUCGAGGACUCAGGACCUGGAGGCUAUUCUCUCCAGCAUCUCAGAGGCCCAACACUAUGUCGAUGUAGCCGUCAUGGAGUACUUCCCCACCACACUCUUUGAAAAGCCUCAGAGAUACUGGCCUUUCAUUGAUGACGCCAUCAGGACCGCUGCAUUCGAGAGAAGGGUUAAGAUGCGGAUGCUGAUCAGCUGUGGGCGGAACUCUAAUCCAGCCAUGCUGCCCUUCCUAAAGUCUCUAGCCUCAAUGGACAGUCCUCACCAGGAUAUCAGCAUCCAAAUAAAACUGUACAUUGUGCCUGUGGGAAACCAGUCUGAUAUUCCAUAUACCAAAGUCAACCACAAUAAAUACAUGGUGACUGAUAAAGUAGCCUACAUUGGUACCUCCAAUUGGUCAGGGGACUACUUUCUGACCACAGCUGGAGUGGGUCUGGUGAUUUCCCAGCAUGCUACUCACCCUGUAUCGAAGACCAAGACCCUGCAUGGUCAGCUCAGGGCAGUCUUUGACAGAGACUGGUACUCUGAGUUUGCUGUGCAACUUGAUGACCUGGGGCACCACCCAGAUUGUGCAUUAUCAAGAUGACAGAAACCUCUUUAUACAAGUUCAAUAUUUCCGGACCAAAACUGAGGAUGACAGAGUUUCUUCACCUCGUCCACGUCAUCCAACGUCUUGUAUUGGCUACUGUAUCAAGUCCAAGGUAUUGGUGGGGUAACACCCCAUGUAGGAUUGGCCCUCAGAUCAUCGAGCUGCUGGAUUUGUCCCACAUUAAUUCAGAAGUGAACAGCCCAAUUUUGAAGCUCUUAGAAUUGUUGUUUCUUACAGCAAUGCUCUCUGGGACUUAUUGUUGACUUUUACAGUUAUUUGUUUAACUUUUUAAAGCAAAAAUGUCUGAUCUUGCGGACUGACUGUGUGUAUAAAUAUAUUUUUUAACUCAACUCAGACUGAAUAAAAACUGAACCAUCUUUGUACAAUUUGUACAAUCCUGUUGUGAUCCAGUGUAUUUAAUAAAAGCUAUAAAAAUG